CGUGACUAAACUCAAGCUCGGACGCUGAUGCACGUGGGCCACUUAGACCCUGACUGACAUCAUUGUCCAGCCUCACGAAUCAGCAACAUAGAAUUCUCCUCAACCAAGCUUCACCCGUCGGCCAGUCUAGUCAUGUCGGAAACUGAGAGGCACAAUGGCGACGCUUUCCCCUGGCAUCUUGGCGUCUGCGACGCGCACUGCCAUCCGACAGACACCUUGUCCUCCAUGAGCUCGGAUCCGAUAUGCAAAGCCCGCUACCUCACUGCCAUGGCAACAAGAGCUCAGGACCAGCAUCUCGUCGACUCAGCCGCCAAGGAUCACCCUGAGACUAUCAUACCUUGCUUCGGGUGGCAUCCUUGGUUCGCACACCUGCUGUAUGACGAUACAUCUGAUGAGCCAACGUACGCACCAGCCAAACAUGGCAACGACGAGGGCAAGGCCAAGGAGGAGCACUACAGAAAGAUCCUGACACCGAACUCUUCUUCCUUGGAUAUACAGCAGGAAUUCAUAGAAUCUCUACCGAGUCCCACGCCGCUCUCGGACCUGAUCAGCCAGACGAGGGAGUACCUCUUAAAACAUCCCACGGCGCUGGUGGGAGAGAUUGGGCUGGACAAGGCCUUUCGUCUCCCGCAGCCCUGGUCCACCGACCAGCGCGAUGGGUCCCUGACUCCCGGAGGCCGAGAAGGGCGGCCCCUAUCGCCUUACAGAGUCCGAGUCGAGCACCAGAUUGCCAUUCUCAGGGCGCAGCUCCAUCUCGCCGGCGAGCUCCGUCGGGGUGUCAGCGUGCACGGCGUCCAGGUGCACGGCGUCCUGCUGGAUGCCAUAGCCGCCACAUGGAAGGGCCACGAGAGGGUGGUGCUCUCGAAGCGGCAGAUGCACAAGAUCACAAUGGGCGAGGAGGAGCCACCGACGCCCCCUUCUUCCUCGGACGCAGAGGCGCCCAAGCCCUUCCCGCCACGGAUCUGCCUCCACUCGUACAGCGCGUCGGUAGAGGUGUUGAAGCAGUGGCUGGACCCUAGCAUCCCUGCGGAUAUAUACUUUUCCUUCUCGGUCGCGGUCAAUCUGAGUACCAAGAGUACGAGGAACAAGAUCCGGCAGGUGAUUCAGGGGGUGCCGGAGGAGAGGAUCUUGGUGGAGAGUGACCUGCACAAGGCCGGGGAGGACAUGGAGAGCGCGUUGGUGGAGAUGUAUACGCUUGUGUGUGAGACCAAGGGGUGGACGAUUGAAGAUGGCGUGAAGAGGAUACGGCAGAAUUACGAAGCAUUCAUAGGAUUAGGGCUAGAUGAGCGAUAGCGAGCCUGUCUAACAAAUGAGAAGAUCGUAUACUAGCGUGAACGGAACAUGUCAAGUGUUAUAACUUGCAGUAGAAUCAUCGAGUUCCGAUGCCGUUUCAUUACUACCAUCAACUGGCCUCAUCAUUACAGGGACUUGCUUCGAGACGAAAAAACACCAGACGCCAAGUCAACCCUAGUCAUUACUCAUUACUUCGC